AUGAAGCUCCACAUCAUCGGCACGGCUCUUGGCCUUCUUGCACCACUCGCUCAGGGAUGGGUAACGCACACGCACAUCUGCGCCAACUCGAAUGUGAUAUUCUACUCGGCAGCCGACUGUUACAAUGCGGGCCUGCUUGGUAUCUGCGCUAUUGGCAAACCAACGGAGGCGGACGUCGCUUGUUAUGACUACCCGAACUAUGAGUACCCGGCCUUCCCCAACGAGUAUCAUUUCCAUGGCUGGUCGGACAGCGGCGUCGAAUGCUACGUGCCAGGUUUCGACAAGAAAGUGGGAACUGGUCAUAUCGCUUGCGUUUUCGAACCUGACGACGCGCGAAGCGUUCGGAACUUGGCGAGAGAGAGCAGUGAUGGGCCUUCUGUGGCCUCGCAGACGUGA